CUUGUUGACAUUUCUAGUUUAUUUACAUACGAAUCACCAAAAAGCUGCUUGAAUUAUUGAAGUUCUCGGGUUCGUCAUACUUAUCCAUAACUUUUGCCGUUAUUCUAACUAAACAGUGUGAAUUAAUGCUUUGCUGUAUACAGUGAUUGCAGGCAUGUUAACGUAAUCUAACGAUCAGCUGGCCAUUUCGCUACGGCGCCCGGUGAUUGAGUUUGCCAGAAGAAUAUAGGUACGUUUAGAUGUCUAGCAUGAAUCGAAAUGGCAGCGAAGUGAUUUAUAUUGGUGAUAAGAGCAGUAAUCGACAACGAAAUGCACCCAGUCCGGAUGCUGAUAGGAAAGAGGUGAAAAUCCUGUUUUUCGACCUGACUUAUUAUAACACGACAACGCAGUUUCUGCUAUGCUGUGCCGGCGUGUUUGUGCUCUAUCUACUGUAUGGGUACAUGCAGGAACUAAUUUUCACACUGGAUGGAUUCAAACCGUACGGUUGGUUUCUCACGCUAGUUCAGUUCGCCUACUACACCGUAUUCGGUUAUAUUGAGCGAUUCAUGGAACGGGUCAAAACUCCCCGCUGCAUUCCGAUGAAAACCUACGUUCUGCUCGCGUUUCUAACGCUCGGAACGAUGGGACUGUCCAACUCCAGCCUCGGCUAUCUGAACUAUCCGACGCAGGUCAUCUUUAAGUGUUGUAAGUUGGUGCCAGUACUGAUUGGCAGCAUCCUGAUCCAGGGUAAGAAACACGGACCGUUGGACUUCCUGGCGGCAGGCGCAAUGUGUAUCGGUCUGACGCUGUUUACGCUGGCCGAUUCCCAGGUGUCACCAAAUUUUAACACCUUCGGGGUGCUGCUGAUUUCGUUGGCUUUGCUGUGUGACGCGGCAAUCGGGAACGUACAGGAGAAGGCCAUGCGAGAGCACAAAGCACCCAACAAUGAGGUGGUUAUUUACUCCUACGGCAUUGGAUUCGUCUAUCUGGGUGUGAUUAUGCUGGUUACGGGAAAUUUGUUCUCCGGAAUUGCUUUUUGCAUGGAGCAUCCGGUGGAAACCUACGGUUACGCUUUCCUGUUUAGUCUUUCCGGCUAUCUCGGAAUUCAAAUCGUUCUCACGCUGGUGCGAACGUGUGGCGCCCCUCUGGCGGCAACCGUAACAACCGCGCGGAAAGCCGUUACGAUUGCCCUGUCGUUUGUGUUUUUCAGUAAACCGUUCACGAUGAACUAUCUCUGGUCCGGACUGAUUGUGGUGCUAGGAAUCUAUCUCAAUGUCUACAGUAAGCGCAGCAAGUUGACGUUCGGUGAUAUUAGCAGGAUUUGCACGUGGUUCUACUAUAAGUUGGCUCCUCACGGGCGAAGUUCCGCGUCCGGUACCAAAAAGUUACUACUAGAGGUAUAGAUACUAGUGUUAUUUAAAGAAACAAUUUACCACAAUUUGACCGCCCACAAUAAAUGUGCUUAAAAUUAGGAUAGCA